CUGCAGUAGGUGAGUGAAAAAGAAAAUACCUAAAAAAUAAUUACAUUUUUCAAUUUUAAUUUCCAAAAGAAAAUCCAGAAUUCAGAUGCAAUUAUGGGUAUGAAGAGGAAGAUGACGUGGAAAUCGAUGAUCAUUCCGAGUUGUUACACUGCGUCGCACCGCCGUCUAUCGGAGUCCGAGGACGACGAGCGGCGGCGAUUUUCGAAAAAAGGUUCAUCGCAGCGGCUGUCGCUAUCGGACGCCAGUAAUCCGAGUUCGCCGUUGUCGAUCGACGACUUGUCGAAUUCCCUCGUCGGACCGAAGCUUCAUAUUUUUUCAUUCGCGGACCUUCGAACCAUCACUCACAAUUUCGCUUCCUCCAAUUUGCUUGGUGAAGGCGGGUUCGGUCCGGUUUACAAAGGGUUCAUCGACGAUAAAAUUAAACCGGGCUUGGAAGCUCAGCCGGUCGCCGUUAAAUUGCUCGACCUCGAUGGAUCUCAAGGCCAUAAAGAAUGGCUGGCAGAGAUUAUAAUUUUGGGGCAAAUGAGGCAUCAAAAUUUGGUGAAACUAAUCGGUUACUGUUGGGAAGAAGAAUAUAGACUUUUGGUUUAUGAGUAUAUGGCUAGAGGCAGUUUAGAAAACCAGCUAUUCAGAAAGUAUUCAGCUGCUCUGCCUUGGUCAACGAGGAUGAAAAUUGCUUUAGAAGCAGCCAAAGGCCUUCAAUUCCUUCACGAAGCCGACCCACCCGUUAUAUUUAGAGAUUUCAAAACUUCUAAUAUUCUCUUGGAUUCUGAUUAUACAACAAAACUUUCCGAUCUUGGAUUGGCUAAAGACGGUGGUGUCGAUUGUGAAGACCAACCUGACAUGUCUUGCAUUAUGGGAACUCAAGGCUAUGCUGCUCCUGAAUAUGUCAAAUUUGGCCAUUUGACGACGAUGAGUGACGUGUACAGCUACGGCGUCGUUUUACUAGAGCUGCUGACGGGGAAGCCAUCAAUGGACCGAAAGACCGGCGAGUUUCUAGUGGAUUGGGCCAAGCCACUUUUAAAGGACUCGAAACGGCUCUGCCGGAUCAUGGACCCAAGGCUCGAGGGCCUGUACUCAGUCGAUGGCGCACGCAAGGCCGCUGCCUUAACCCACAAAUGCUUGAGCCGCAACCCUAAGCGGCGGCCGCCGGUAACGGAAGUCGUUAAUGUGUUGAAGUCCCUGCAAGACUUCAACGACGUGUUCACGGCGCCGUUUGUUUACGUGGUGGAGGACUGCUGUGGGGAAGAGGAGAAGAAUGGGAGAAACGACAGAGUUAUUGAAGGCAGUGGGCUUGGGCUUGGUGGCUUGGGUCUGGGCCUGAAUUGGAAAAAUUGGAGGCCCAUCUCUGUAUGAUAUUUUAGAUUUGAGAAGAAAUGAAUUGGGAUCAAACAAAUCCCUGUAAAUUUUAGUUUUAUUUCUUUUUAAUUAUUAUUAUUUUAAAUGAACCCUUCUUACCAACCUUGGUAGAAAAUGUGAGGUGAUGGUAGAAGGUUUUUGAGAGAGAUAUGGAAUACCUGUAGAUAAAAGUAGUGUUGUAUGCAGGUGUAAACGGGUGAAUUCAAAUAGUUAAAUUGAUGGGGAAAUAUAAAGUUAAAAGUUUUAUA